AUGCCCACCAAAGGGGAUUACCAGCCCCCAAAGAAUGGGAUACUUUCCAAACUUCCGGAGUCAACAGUCCCAUAUGGUGAGCUACUGCGUAUUCACCGGCCACUCGGGUAUUAUCUGAAUAUCUCGCCAUAUGUUGUUGGCGUGGCCUACACUGCAGCUAUUUCACCAGUGACCCUUCCUGCGACAUUUCUGCUCGGCCGUCUAGUCAUUUUGUCCUUAUGGGGCUUUUGCAUCCGAAGCGCUGGAUGCGCCUGGAAUGAUCUCAUUGACAUGGAUAUCGAUCGUCAAGUGUCGCGCACGAAGCUUCGCCCUCUCCCGCGCGGUGCCGUAUCCCCGUCUGGCGCGGCUCUUUUGACUGCAUUCAUGUUUGGGUGCGGAGGCUCGCUUUUGCUUCUCCUGCCCUCGCAGUGCGCCUUUGAGGCAGCUAUUGUCGUCUUCUUUGCCUUGCUCUAUCCAUUCGGCAAGCGAUUCUCCGACCAUCCGCAACUCAUCCUUACUAACAUUGCCUGGGCCAUCCCAAUGGCAAUGUCUAGUCUAGAUAUGAACCCACUCGAUUUUCCCAUUCCAACACUCGCUAUGUCUUUUUCCAUCGCCUCCGUCAUUGUCAUGAUCGAUAUCGUGUAUGCUUGCCAGGAUGCGGAGGAGGAUAAGAAGGUCGGUGCGCGCAGCAUGGCCGUUCGAUAUAUGGAGAUCACGGAUCAGAUCGCCUACAGCCUAUUCUUCUCUGGAACACUCUCGCUUCUUGCCGGUGGUAUCUUGCGUGGCCUUGGAAUUCCUUUCCUCAUAUUCUCUGUCGGGGGCCAUUUCGUUGGCUUCCUUCGGUUCUUGCGGGCAUCCCUGGGUAAUGGAGCCAAGUCGGCCUUGGUGGAGUCACGGGCGAAGUCAUCCUGUCUGCUUGCAACCGUGUUCUUAGUAUUUGGCUUGUUUUUUGAGUACUGUGUGCGGCUUUGA